AUGGAGAGGUUUUGGCACGAAGACUGUCUCAAAUGUGGAUGCUGCGACUGUCGUCUUGGCGAAGUGGGCUCCAAGUUAUUCGGUGCCACGGGCAAUUGUGUGGCGUGCAAUAAAGUAAUUCCCGCCUUUGAAAUGGUUAUGCGAGCAAAGAGUUUCGUUUACCAUUUAGAGUGUUUCGCCUGUCAACAGUGCAAUCACAGGUUCUGCGUGGGCGACAGAUUUUACUUAUGCGACAACAAAAUACUGUGCGAGUAUGAUUACGAGGAGAGACUGGUUUUUGCCAGUAUGGCGGCUAAUCCCACUGGCUUAGCUCACAUCCGGAGGCAAGUCAGCGGCCUACAGUCACCGAGCGGAGGAUACGUAGGUGGCGCGGCUUGCGCAGGAAAUCCCGCGGCGUUGGUGGAAAAGGAUAACGGGGGCUGCGCGGGCGCAGACGACGCGUCGAGCGGUUACGGAAGCCCGCCAGACCCCGAUGUGUGUGAUGCGGCGCGAUGA